AUGAGGAUAUCGUUUUGUCUACUCCUUGCGACUGUCGCACUGGCUGGUCCUGCUCCGGUGACACAUGUCGACACGAACGGUUCUGGUGUUCUCGACAAGCGUAUCGUGACGAUCACGGUCGACACGCCCGCCGGCUCCAUCGUCGGGCGACAAGAUAUGCUGACGGAGGACUUCAACGGGAUCCCCUUUGCAGAGCCGCCUGUGGGUAAAUUGCGACUUCGACCACCAGUGCGCCUGAACUCAACGUUGAACAACUUUGAUGGCACUUCAUACGCGCCGGCAUGCCCUCAGUUCAUCGCUCCGACACCGUCCGACCAGUCCCCGUUCCUGGAGCGUGUCAUGGGGUCGCUCGUUGACAGCCCUUUCGUCAAGCGCGCUCUCAAGGUCAGCGAGGAUUGCUUGAACCUGAACGUCAUCCGGCCGAGAGGCGUCAAGGCAGGCGACAACCUACCAGUGUUGUUCUGGAUGUACGGUGGCGGGUUCUCACUCGGCUGGAACUCGAUGUACGACGCGAGCGGCAUGGUCGCAGAGGCCGCCGCAGUGGGCAAGCCCAACUACCGCGUUGGCGCUUGGGGCUGGCUCGCUGGCAAGGAGAUGAUGGAGGAUGGGUCGACGAACCUUGGGCACCUGGACCAGCGCAUGGGUCUGGAGUGGGUUGCGGACAACAUCGCGGCCUUCGGCGGCGAUCCAGCCAAGGUAACGCUAUGGGGCGAGAGUGCAGGCAGCAUCUCCGUCUUCCACCACAUGGCAGCCUACGACGGCGAUAACACAUACAAGGGCAAGCCGCUGUUCCGAGCGGGCAUCAUGAACUCGGGUUCGAUGAUGCCUCUGGAGCCGGUGGACUCGCCUCGCGCACAGUCCAUCUUCGACGCCGUUGUGUCGCACGUCGGCUGCUCCGGCGCUGAGGACAAACUAGAGUGCCUCCGCGCCCUGUCGCUGGAGGACUUCAUGCUGGCUGCAAACGCACAGCCGGGCCUGCUGUCGUACACUGCCGUUGCUGUGUCGUACAUGCCUCGCGUGGACGGCAAGUUCCUGACACGCACGCCGCACGAGAUCGUCAAGGCUGGGACGUACGCGCCUGUUCCCUUCAUUCUCGGCGAUCAGGAGGACGAGGGCACGCUGUUCUCACUGUUCCAGAGCAACAUUUCAUCCACGACUGAGGGAAUCGUAGGCUACCUCUCGGAUCUGUACCUGCCCGCGAUGCCGAUCGAGAAGGUGCGCGAGCUCGUAGAAGCGUACCCGCAGUCAAUCAGCGCCGGCUCGCCCUUCAACACGGGCAUCUUCAACGAGGUUUACCCCGGCUUCAAGCGUCUCGCAGCCCUCAUGGGCGACUUCAGCUUUACGAUCACACGCCGCCUGUUUCUCGAACACUGCACGGCCAACCAUCCCGACGUACCGGCAUGGUCCUAUCUCGCAUCCUACGCCUACGGCACGCCAGUGCUGGGAAGUUUCCACGCCUCAGACCUCGUGCAGGUCUUCUUCGGCGUGCUGCCCAACUAUGCCUCAGUCAAUGUGAGGAAGUACUACGCCAACUUUGUGUGGAACCUCGACCCGAAUGAUGCGAGCGGCGGCACGGGCGGUAACUCGCAGGUCAACUUCCAGUGGCCCCGCUGGACAAACAAUAGCCGCGUGCUCGUCAACUUUUACCGUCUGUUCUUCAGACACAUCGCCGACGACUUUAGGAGUAACGUCUUCGAUGUCAUCAAGCGCAACGCGGACUACUACAUGGGCGGGUAG